AUGGCUUCGUCCGGUCGGUCGUCGCGUUGGGACGAGCUUCCAGAUGAGAUCGUGCUCCAGAUUCUUAGCUAUCUGGAUCCCUUGCACAUCACCAGAUUGCAGCUUGUAUCGCGGAAGCUGCAGAAGCUCUGCCUCGACGAUGAGCUGUGGAAGCGUCGCUGUUUCGAAGAAUCGCCGUGGUACCAAUACCUAAAAAACCGUCGUCGACUCUUCUCUUCCAGCGAAUCCGAAGGCGAAACCCGGGAUGGGGCGGCAUUGGGGAAUCCAGAAGCCGCCGGCAACACCAACGCUGAUGACCAAAAGACUACCACAGAUGGAGAGAAGAGCAGCGUUGAACCGGGAAAGCCGCAGCGGAGGAGUCAGCGAUGGCAAGAACUCCAGGACAUGGCCAACUGGGAUCCGACGUUCCCCAACGAGCGUGUCUCCUGGUACAGCGAGUAUAUACAAAGGAAUGGGCCGACCUGCGUUAACUGGCUGGAAACCCCUCGGAUCCGCGAUCGAGGGUACGAGGCUAUGAUGGAGGCUCGUGGAUUGGAGCUCUAUUAUCCAUACGACGGAAAUGAUGGCGUAGGCGCGAUGCUUGCCGUAUCGCCGCUCGACGAUGGCUCCAUCUGCUUGUGGGACGUCAAGGGAACCAGGGGCAAGGCCGGCUCUAUCCUUGCAACCAGCAAGUCUGACAUUCUUUUCAUCGAUGGUCCUGGGAGCAUAAACACUCGACGAUCCAAGAGAGUUGAUACAGGGGUUACGGAAUGCGUCAGCGUAGACAACCAUAGACAUCGUGCAUAUUUUGCUGUACAAAGCCAUUUAAUCGAAAUCGAUCUCGAACGACUAGAAGUCGUCAGCCGCGAAUCGUUCGAAUGGUCCAUUACGGCUCUUUCAAAAAUCCAAAAUGACGUUCCUUUGACGGUGGGAACGUCUCUUGGAAUCCAUCUACACGAUUUCCGUGCAAGAGCACGUGUAACACAGACGGCCGUGGAGCAGGUAGACCAAAACGACAUUUUUAAAUCAAUCUUUGAUCCAACACCGCUGCUUCCAUACGCGUCUCUUUCUCAACCCACGCCCGUCAGCAUCAUACACUUGCCCAUACGCGGAUCGCCAGAUCUAGUAUCAAAUGAUAUUUACGUUGGUGGCAGAUUUUCAAACAUCCUGCACUAUGAUCGACGCAAGUUCCCCGUAAUUAUGGAUUCAAUCUACUCAGGGGCUACGAUCAACAGCAUGGCAGCAAUGCCUCACCCGUUCUCGUCGCUGGAUAGCGAAGUACGACGGCACGGCGAGCUCAGCACGGAGCAGGUCACAAAGUCCAAAGAAAACGGCGAGGGCUGGACACUGAUUGCAGGGGGAACUUACAAGUCUAAGGGUUCCCUCGAGAUCUUUGGCCUCACCCAAGCCAUUGCAGACCCAAUUGUCUUUUCAGAUGGAGCUGGCUCCAUCAAAUGGUUUGAGAGAGAUGGCCUGACAGAGUGCCGUCGACUGAGGAUUGGCCACUGCGAGGGCGACGACGCUCCAUCGCUAUUCGCCUCGAUGAGUGCAGCUGGCGAGCUGGCGCGGAAAAUCGUGUCCACAAAGUCGAGAGAGGGUCCUGAUCGGCCCAAUGACGAUAACGUCUUGUUCUGGACAGGCGAGAGGCUGGGGCUCAUUAGCUUCACGCCGACGCCACUCUAUCAAUCAAAGGAUUUUGACGAGGAGCCGGACAUCGACGCAGCGGCCGAGGAAGAGGAGAGGCGGCGCUAUGCAGAGCAAUUGCGCGAGGCCCUGGAUUGGCAUGCAGACGAAGUUAGAUUCAUGAAUACAUUUGGACACGGAGGGCUAGGCGAAUAA